GGCCCUUGAAUAUGAGAAAGUAUAGAUAUCUUCUAGUGAUAAUUGUAAAGAAAGUAUAAUAGCUUCGGUAAGUAUUAAAAUUGAUAAUUUUUUUAAUGAGUCGCCAUUUAUUGUAUAUCAAUGGUUAAGAUAAUAUUAAUUAUACCUGUUUUUCUAAUGUAUUACUCGUCAAUAUUCUUUUAGAUACGACCACGAUACGACAUUCUCGAAUGUAAAGUUGACAUUUUGAAAUUUGGUGUAUCAGACAUUUGACCAGUCUUGUACUUGGGGGUAUGACAGGAUUUGGCAUCACUGGAGGUGCACAUAGGUACUUCACACACAGAUCAUUCAAAGCCAAAUUGCCGCUGAGGAUCAUCCUUCUCUUUUGUUAUAGUCUAGCAGGACAGAAUUCGCUGAAGGACUGGGUCCGCGACCACAGGGUGCAUCACAAAUUCAGCGAGACUGAUGCGGAUCCCCACAACGCCAAAAGAGGAUUCUUCUUCUCUCACGUUGGCUGGCUGAUGAUGAAAAAACACCCAGAGGUCAUCAGAAAGGGACGGUUGAUCGACAUCAGCGACUUGACUGAGGAUCCUCUAGUAGCCUUCCACCAAAAAUACUUCAUCUGGUUCAAAAUAUUGAUAUGUUUCGUGAUACCAACCUUGAUCCCACCGUAUCUCUAUGGGGAAACCUGGUUCAACAGCAUCAAAGGAGUCUGCUUCGUGAGAUACAUCAUUUCGCUGAAUUCAACAUGGGCUGUGAACAGUGCAGCCCACUUGUGGGGAAACAAACCUUAUGAUAAACGGAUCAACCCCAGCGAGAACCUAGCAGUCUCCUUCUUCGCCAUGGGCGAGGGCUACCACAACUACCACCACACUUUCCCCUGGGACUACCGCACUGCCGAACUCGGCAAAAUGCUCAACUUGACCACCCUGUGGCUGAACAUCUUCGAGAAGAUCGGAUGGGCGUACGACCUGAAGACCCCUUCGGAGGACCUGGUGCGCAAAGUGGCAGAAAAUCACGGAGAUGGUACCCAUUUGAAGUGGGGACACGAAGUUGCUUACGAUGAGAAUGACAACAAAAAAAUUGUUGACAGCUCCAAAUCGGCCUGA